GACACGGAAGUUGUUUUUUAGCCGUUUCCUAGGGGAGGAACCGUGUUUCAGCUUAAGUUUUGAGAAAAGUAGCUUCUGAACACGCAACAAUGGCGGAUGUUUCUAUUGACAGUUUAAUCCUGAAGCUGCACGAUGUGAACGCAGUAAAGUUCGGAGAGUACAAGCUAAAGAGCGGCUUGCUGACACCGAUUUAUAUCGACCUGAGGGUUCUGGUUUCCCACCCUGCUCUGAUGAACCAGGUUUCGAGCGUCAUCUACCAGCGAGCGCAGGAAGAGAACCUUCAGUUUAACUCGGUGUGUGGGGUUCCGUACACGGCCCUGCCUCUGGCCACAAUUAUCUGCUCAAGACACGAACUGCCCAUGCUCAUCAGGCGGAAAGAGGCCAAGGACUAUGGAACUAAGAAGAUGGUGGAGGGGUCAUUUUGUGAGGGAGAUACGUGUUUAAUCAUUGAGGACACAGUGACCAGCGGCGGCAGCAUCCUGGAGACGGCAGAGGUUCUCCAUAAAGAGGGGCUGAAGGUGACAGAUGCCAUUGUGUUGAUGGACAGGGAGCAAGGUGGGGUGGACAUGUUAGCAUCUCGGGGAAUUCGGCUCCUGCCCAUCAUCUCCAUGUUUAAGCUGCUGGAUGUGCUGCUUGCAGCUGAACGCAUCGAUGCCCCGACAGCCCAGAGUGUCCGCAAGUUCAUCCUGGACAACAACACUUUCAGGCCUAAGAAGACAAACGGCAGUGAUGCUCCAGCUCCCAAGAGACCAUGUGUGGAACCAAACCGAAUUUUGAGCUAUGCAGACAGAGCAGAGCUGCCAAAAAUUCACCCCCUGGCAUCUACACUUCUCAAGAUCAUGGAGGAGAAGGAGUCCAACCUUUGCGUCUCCGCUGACGUGACGAGCAGCAAGGAGCUGCUCCAGCUGGCCGAGUCUCUCGGUCCAAAGAUCUGCAUGUUGAAGACUCACUGUGACAUCCUGAAGGAUUUCACAGAAGAGUUCAGCCAGAAACUCCAAGCUGUGGCUGAAGAACACAACUUUCUCAUCUUUGAAGACCGCAAGUUUGCUGACAUUGGAAAUACAGUCAAGCAUCAGUAUGAGGGAGGUGUGUUCCGGAUCUCGUCUUGGUCCCACAUCGUCAACGCCCACGCUGUGCCGGGGCCCGGGGUCGUGAAGGGCUUGAGCGCUGUGGGGAAGCCUCUGGGCCGAGGCUGUUUGCUCAUUGCACAGAUGAGCUCCCAAGGCUCUCUGGCUACUGGUGAAUACACACAAGCUGUGGUGAAGAUGGCAGAGGAAAACUCAGACUUUGUUAUUGGAUUCAUCUGUGCCUCUAAGAUGACUGAAAAACCAGAAUUUCUCCACAUGACUCCAGGUGUGCAGAUAAAGGCUGGAGGGGAUUUGAUGGGCCAACAGUACACAACCCCAGAGGACGUAAUCUACAACAAAGGCUCAGAUGUCAUCAUUGUGGGACGAGGCAUUUUGGAAGCGUCUGAUAGGCUCGAAGCUGCCGAGUCGUAUAGAAAGUCGGGCUGGGAUGCCUACAAGAGGAGAUCGGGUCAGAGCGACCAGUAAGAUCUCAGGAGUUUCAUCAUUACGCUGAACUACAACUAACUGUCUGUAUAGGUGGGCAGCAAACAUUCAGGGGACAUUUCAACCAACACGUAUUGGUAACACAUGGUACCUAUCUAAAGAAAGUUUUUUUUUUUGUUUGUUUGUUUGUUUUUGUUUUUAUUUUAAUCAGUGAUUUCAUAUAAGUGAUAUGAAAUAUGUAUCACCCUUCAAUUUUCAGUUUUGUGAAAGAUCCUGAAGGCUUUGUUGCUAAAGCAGGAAUGCAAAAGUGUAGAGAUCACAGAUCAGGCUUUUCCUGGCCAAUAUCGAUUUUCAGUUUUAAUGUGCUGUAGCCUCUACAGAGGGAGAUAGAGGUAGUCAUCUUGAAUCCAUCUAAAUUUAAUAAAUAAUCAGUUUAUUGUAUGCAUCAAACUAAACAUCCCUCAAUAGAGUGCAUUGCUGUGCAUUCUGCCAGUUGAUGUGUUUAUUUUCUGAAAUUGGUGGGAGUUCUUAGUUCUGAUGCAUUUAAUCACUAGGAAAAAUUUUAGAUUUUAUCUUUUUUCGUAUUUGAUCAGCUGAUCAAAAUAGCUCUUUUUCCCUCACCGUCCUUUGAUAUGAUUUCCUGUUGCUCCAACAAGAUUUACCCUGAUUUACUACAAAUAAUCACUGGUGACUAUGAUUAUACAUAUGUUGAUUUGAUUUCAUGGCAUUUUAAAACACAGUAUCUUUGCUGCAGUAUUUUUUUCUAACUCAAACUCAUAAAGUAUUAGAUGAAAUUGGAACUUGGCCACCUUUGUGUUUGAUCAAAAACGUAAAAUCUUUUGUUUUCAUGGUUAGUAUCAGAAAUUUCUAAGAACACUCCUAAAAAUGUGAGCAACUUUUACAGUGUGAGGCCUACUUAAUAAUUGUAUUUUCAGUCUAACAGUGUUUUAGAACAGCUUUACGACAUCGAAUUGCUGUUGACUGAAGAGCCGAAGUGAACAGAACCUGAUUCAUUGCUGCAUUGAGGACCAAUGUUUGCCAUCCAUUCCUCGUAAUAUAAUGUAAAAUUAGGCAGCCCAUGAGUUACGACCUGAUUUGAUGGGUGUUUGAACUACGACACAUUAAGUCACCGAAACUGCUUGUAAAAUGAGACAGAAAUUGAGUUUUGUGUUGUAGCUGCUUCUGUACAGGGCCAGUGUUGUCCUGCGGGCUUUACUUGAUAAAAUGUUAUUUUUACAGUACUGGCGUUGGAUCUUUGUAUUUCAUGGAAACAAGAGUUUGAUACAUACAGGAAAUGUAUGCAAUUUGCUUUAAGAGCUUUCCAAAGCUAGGAAACUAUUAAAAACAAACUGUAUUACAAAAUAAAUAAAUGUUGAUUUCCACAAAUAA